UAAAAGACAUUUGUUCGGUAACUUUUAUUUUGAAGUUCGAGUUGAGAAAGAACCGGAAGUGAACAUUUCAAUUGAAACCUCUGCCGCUGCUGCAGAACGAGGACAUGAAAACAAUGAGAUCGUCGUGCGUCAAGAUGGGAAGUUAAAAUGUCAUUGAUGCUAAUCGUCUGUUUUGCUUUGUCCGAAAGUGUAAGACCAAAUAGCCAUGUUCUGAUUGACUCCAUGUUGUCUCGAAUUAAAAAGAUGAUGGGCUGAACAUUCAUCUUGCACCAUUCUGGCCCUUGUCUAUCAGCUGGUGCAAUGCAUUUUAUAACCAACCUUUGGCCAACAUUAUCUUGUUUGUUGUGACCAUGGAUGUCAGAGUAGUUCUACAUUUCGCCAUCGUUACAAGAGCUCUGUCUCUGUUGUUGCAGGCUCUGUUAAAUGCUGCCAUUCCCGAUCAUGAAGCCGAUGCCUUCAGACCCCCAAGAGUCGAGGAGCCUCUGUAUUUGGACUCUGCUGUGGAGUGGUGUUUUGGCGGACUUUCUCAUUGGGAUGCCGAGCAUUACCUCUUCAUUGCCGAGAGAGGUUACCUGUAUGAGCACAACUUCGCUUUCUUCCCCCUUCUCCCGGUGAUUCUGCGCGGCCUGGCGGAGACGCUGCUGUGGCCCCUCAGCGGUUGGCUGUCGGUGAGGGGAAGGCUGCUCCUAGCGGUUGCUGUGGGCAACAGUGCCCUCUUCCUUCUGAGCGCUGUAGCGUUGUAUGCAAUGAGCAGAGUCGUUCUGCAGGACAGGCGCCUGGCUCUCCUCUCCAGCCUGCUGUACUGCCUCACUCCCGCCAACGUCUUCAUGACCUCGGGCUACUCGGAGAGCUUGUUUGCCGCGCUGACCUUCGGCGGCCUCUUCCUCCUGGAGAAAGGCUUCACCUUCAGGGCCUGCCUCGCCCUGGGCAUCGCCACGGCGGCGCGGUCCAACGGCCUGGUGAACAUCGGGUUCCUGCUGUACCUGCCGUCGCUGAACGCGCUGUCCCAGAUCCGCGCGUACCGCACCACGACCACGGGCCGCGGCAAGGCGCUCCGCUACGCGUGGGUCGUGGCGCGCCUCCUGGUCACCUCGCUGCUGGGCACGGGCCUCAUAGCGCUGCCCUUCUGCGCGUUCCAGUACUACGGCUACCGGACGUUCUGCACGCCGUCCACCGCCCUGGAGCGCGUCCCGCCGGCGCUCGUCUCCCUGGCCAGGAGGAAGGGCUACCGGAUGCCCGACGAGAACGGACCGCCGCCGCUGUGGUGCAUGAGGCCGCUGCCGCUGCUCUACUCCCACAUCCAGGACGUGUACUGGGACGUGGGCUUCCUGCGCUACUUUGAGCUGAGGCAGAUCCCCAACUUCCUGCUCGCCCUGCCCAUGGCCAGCCUGGGCAUCAUGGCGGCGUACGCGUACUACCAGGCCAACCCGGACAUGUGCCUCAGACUGGGGCUCUGGGAGAGCGCCCGGAGGCGCCUGGACAAGCCCACGCCGGGGUUCUUCAACCCCAAGGUGUUUGUGUACGUGGUGCACUCCACGGCCCUUUUGAUAUUCGGGACGUUGUGUAUGCACGUUCAGGUUCUGACCAGAUUCCUGGCGUCGUCCACGCCCGUCCCUUUCUGGAUCAGCGCUCAUCUCCUCCUGCUCAACGAACCGCUGCUGCACCGGCGGAAGACGUCGGUGCCCAAUGUUCAGCUGCGGGCGCACGACACGUCGAGGAGCGGGGCCACAAACCCGCUCCACAACCCCGUCAGUGCACUGCUCCCCCACUGGAGGCACUGCUCAGCCACCACCCAAUGCAUCCUGGGCUACUUCUUAUCUUACUGGGUGCUUGGCUUGGCGCUUCAUUGCAAUUUCUUGCCCUGGACUUAACACACUACACGCCUAUUUACUCCUAAUGCAAUACUUUUCAGUGAGGGCUGGGGGGGGGUCUUAUUUUACAAUUUAUUGCUAUAAGUCUUUUUAUUUCUCAUAAUCAAAUCACAGUUUAAGCGUACAGUGUGGAGGAUUUAGUGGCAUCUAGCGUCGAGGUUGCAUAUUGCAUCAAACUGAGUUCCCCCACCUCCCCUUUGCCCCAACUCUACCUUUCCAAAGACGUAACUCUGGCCUGUAAGGGGCCAGUAACAGCAGUAGUAGGAUUAAGUAGUUGUUUUCCAAAAGGUUGUCAUCUUCUAUGAAAGCAUUGAGUAGCAAACCUUCAAGUGAUGAGAUUCCUUGAUGGAUUUAUAAUUCGCAUGUAAAAGUAAGGUCAACGUUUAUAAGUAAGAUAGUGUUUAUGAUUUUUUAAAUUCUCUAGAGCCCAUAGUCCAUUCUAGAAACAUGUCGGUGCACUAGGCAAGCUCUGUGGAAGAGUACCCGCUCCCUUUGUAGAUAAAAGGCCUAUUCUAAGGUAACAGAACACAACUAUGUAUAUUUCCAUGGGAUUAUACACUUCAAACAUACUUAUGAUACUUUAUCCAUUUCUGCCAAGUCCGUUCCGCUAUGCCACUAAUUCUACAUACUACACCUUAAAAGGUCAAAGCCAUAAAGUAAGGACUUAAUUGCAUGAUAUUUCAUUACCAACUCUCCAUAUAAAAUAAAUGGCAACCAAUUACUUAAAAUACAGUGACAGGAUUAUUAGUAAUUAUAUUUUUCUUUCGUUUCAAUUGUGAUUCAUCAUUGCAUUUCCACAGCUUUCUCAAAUGUCGCAGCUAGGAGGUUUCUGGAAAUAAAAACUUGCGUGCUCGCAAAAAAGUUACUUUAAACUUUUUGCUUUCACAUUUAUUUAUGUCUGAGAUAUCCUUAUCUUCUCAGAUAUGUCUCAUUCGAAAAAAAAAAAUUAAAUAAUGGAGAGGGAUAAUCUGGUAAUCAAUAUUUGUAAAGUUUUAUGUUGAAUCAAGUACGUUUGUUAUUUCAUCACAGUGGUGGUCUCAAAUAGCCUCACAGGCCAACAUGAUGCAACACGGCCCUGAAAAGGGGAAGGGAAAACUCCCUAAAACCAAAGGGAAGUGGCCUUGCAAUGACCAACUGCAUUUAUGACGAAUGGGCUGUCAAAUGGUUACAAAAAAAUAAUUAUUAAUCUCGGAAGAUUUCAAUGUGAUUAAAUAUGUUAAUUAAGUAACAAUCUAUUACUAAAUGAGGCAUCACAGUGGUGGUUCAUCCUAAAAUCCAUUGAUAAAAGCCCUAUCAUACUGUAUUACUAAAGUUACAAACUGGGUUUCGGUGGCGAAACUUUAUAUCUGGGAGAAAUUACCGUUUAUCGCCAAAGGUGUCGCUGAUGAAAAUGCAAAAAGAAAAAAGGUUAAUUAUUAUCUGGAUUAUUUUUAAUCUAAACAAACUAGUGAUACAUGUCUACGCAUAUAAAAAAAACAUAACUGCUUAACCUAUAGUUGAAAAUGUAAUUGGUCUACAACUUUUUGGUCUUACAAUGAGGCUCUAUGGAUUAUUGCAUUAUUAAUUUAGCCGUCAUUAACCAAUAAAAGAAACAUGCAUCAGAUAGGAAGGUGAGUAAAAAGGGGAGUAUGUUAUGGUACAAUGUAGAUUAGGAGUAGCCUGAGGGAUAGAGACAAAUUCGCAUAUGCAAAAUCAAGUAAAUAAACCAUGAGCUCGCCUGCGUUUCUUUCACAAUGUUUCUCCAGAUAGUUUUUUCUGCCCUCUACUGUUCUGUUUUUAGGAAGCAUAAACCAGCUUCAACGGCUCAACAAACAAUCGACUUCCAUUUCAAGCAUUGAAACACAUUAUUUCUUCCCAGAUGAGAAGAUUUUUUACUUAAACAUAACUAAAUGUGCAAUAACCUUU